AUGGUGGCAGAUCUUGGAAACACCAUAGACUUUCUACAUCGUGUCCGAGCGUUGAAAGUUCGUGGAGCGAAAGGCUAUGUAGGCACGUCGAAUAUUGUGUGGAACUCACUUUCAUACAGUUUACACUUCUGUAAAAAUUUAUUGGCUCUUUGGAAUGCGAGUGGCGGCCUGCGCCCAGUAGCUGCGACGUGUCUUCCAAAUAGUUUGUCUGUAAGUGUUUUUGCUAGGUCUUUUCUACUGGCACUCACGAUCGAGUACUGCCGUUUGUUUGAACAAGAACAUUGGCAAUGUUUAGAAGAAGUUGACUUUUCGUUCAAUGAUCUUAAAGGGAUUGAUGAAAGUGUCCGUUUACUCGGUAGUGUGCAGAAAUUGAACAUUAGCCACAAUAACGUAACAGAGAUUGGUGGAUAUUUGCAACAUCUCACGUGCCUUACGGAAUUGGACUUGUCAUCGAACGGAAUAACGUCAGUGCACAAUCGGAAAAUCAGUCUUUCACGAAUGUACUCGCUGGAAUAUCUUGAUUUACGAAACAAUGCGAUCGAAACAGUAGAGGCAGUCUAUCCGCUGGGAUCGUUACCGUGUUUGGAAGCUCCUCUACUUGAAAGGCAACCCUGUUCGAAAGCAUUUGGAGAAAGGAGUUGGGAGGUCAAGUUAGACGGUAAAGCACCGGAUGAUCGCGAGCGAGAUACGGUCAGACUUCGACUGGCUUUGCGUCGUGCAAGGGAGGAAAAAGAGGAAAAGGAGAGGAAGCGAAGAGAGAAGAUAGAGGAGAAAAUACGGUAUAUAUCAGGUGAUGUGUGUCGAUUCACAGAUGAGCUGGAGUCGAGCUAA